AACAAAUAACAAUGCUAUAAUGUUUAUUUAGGAAAAACUCGGAAAGAGGACGCAGCUAAAACCAAACCAAAUCCCUAGCUCUCUCAUUGGUGCAUUCGAUCUGUAUACAGUUUUCGUCCACCAUGGCAACCGUCGCCGCCAGGUCAAUCCUGCGCUCCGCCAGCACAUCCGCUCGCAGCGCCACCGCGAGACUCAAGCCUACGGCUGCUCCCUCUCCAUUUCGAGUCGCAUCUGAAAAACCGCUCUCCGCUCGCAUUUUCAGGUCACCUGUGGGGAUCAGCAGUGUUAGCUUGGUGUCAAUGUUGCCGUACCACACUGCAACUGCCUCUUCGUUGCUAAAUUCCAUGCUCUCGGUUGCUCCUCGCGGUCAGGCUUGGAGUAUUGAAGGGUUGUGAUUACUGCGCAUUGGCUGACUUCGACUUGACGAUUUCCAAAUUGGCUCCUUGUUUAAGAUGAAAUUUGUAUGUUCCUUAUGUAAGGUCCAAAAUAACGGGCACUUUGGAACCAUAAUCAUGACAUCUUACUUUUUGCUUGACCUGUAGCUCAAAAUUUGAUUGAACUAAUUCAUAUCAACUGCCCUCCAAAAGAUGUUGUACUUUCUGCUGUAUGUAGAUGGAUGAUUGUUAGAAUGUGUUGAGAUAUGCUGCAUUUCUGAUAGUUCCACGGAUGCCAAUGCGCAUGUAAUAAUACUCUCGGAGACAUGAUUCUCCUUUGUUGGAUCUGAAGUCCAAAUUGUCGAGCUACCGUCUGAUACCCCUUAAAGUCUAUAUCAUCUGGAACUAAAAGAGUCUGUUUCAGUUUGGCAGCAUGAAGUUUCUGCUUGACACCUUAUUAAGGCUCGACGAAGUAGUUCUCAUUUGGAACCUAUUUUAAGUGGCCGCAUCUCAUCUUGAAAGUCGUCUUUCCUUUUUCUUUUUCUUUUUCGGAAAAAGACUGUUUAUGUAUGUGGAUAUGGAUGUAUAAUGCGAUGUUAUUUUACUAAAUUUAUUUUUGUGGUGCUGUUAGAUUCCUUAUUAUGGUGGGUAUUGAAACCAGUCAUCCUAGAAUAACGAUCUGUUAUCAGGAUUACAUACAUUCUAUCAUACAUAUUAACUGUUUUGUCUGAAACAAGUUUUAACUGAUAAUGCCACAGUUAAAGCUACUCUUACGCUAUCUGGAGUCUUUACCUGAAGCACAUGAUAUAAAACUCGAAAGCUCGGAUAGGAUAUAUAGGUUACAGGUGCAGAUUCUCUGAUUUAGCCCCACUCUCAACUGCUUAUACUCCAUUUGUCUUCCUGUUCCCAGUAGUAUUUGUCUUUAAACACCAGAAUUCUCUAAUCCGCUUUUUGCACCUACUGCUUGCUCAGUUAUUUCCGAAUUAUCCGAACUAUUUCGGUCAAAUACCAGCACUCGACACACAGUGAUGAAUCAUUUGUGUUGAUAUUGACUGCAAAUAUUG